AUGCUAGCACCAAUCGUCACCAAGGAUAUGCGCCUUUUUCCCAUUAAGAAGAUGCCGCAUGUGAAGAAUGUGCGAAGUCGUGCUCAAACUCUGGAGCACUAUGGACAUAUGCCGAGCAGUAUGGAUAGAGUUGUGUCUUUAAAAACUCGAGCGACAAUGUUUACCGGUAACAUUGCAUCUGUCUCGACAGCCUCAUCGCCUACCAACUCUGGGCCAAACAGUGGUGGCAAAUCGCCCGUGUCCCGGCAAAAAGUUUUUCAAGCGCAUAAAAGUCCGCCCAAAAGUCUUGUGGCGCGAAAGCAAACAUUGUCAGCGAUUCAGGAGGGUGUUGAGAUGAACGAGAACAACGCCAAACUUUUGUCGCAUAGCAAAAGUGAACCGUCUAGUGUCCGUUCGGUGAGCAAGAAACGUGGAAGUUUAGAAAAACGAAAUAAGUCGGAUGCGAAGUUGAAUGCCACCGGUGACGAGGAUGGCGAAAGCGUUGAAAUCAAAAAAAGAAGCGUCUUCAAAUGGAUUUCCAAUUCGUUUAGAAAAGCUAAAGAAAAAAAUCUUGAGACAGCUAGCACUUCGUCAGAUUGA